AUGAAGGAGGUUGGGGUGGCCGGCGUCGUGCCCCGUGGGUGCACGGGGGGGUUUGGCGGGGGGCUGGGGGUUGGGUGGAUGACUUUGUGGUUGUUUGUUGUUGUUGGCGGUGGUCUGGGCCUGGCUGUCGCCUUGCCGUUUGCGCGGGGGGCGUGGCCGGGGCCGUGGGUACUGCGGUGUGCGCUCGGGGGGUUGCGUGGGGUGGGAGCUGGGGGUGGAGUUGAGGCUGCGGGCGCGAGGGCAGGCCGGCGCGUCACGACCCUUCCCAUCACGAGAAAUGCGCCGCGCGCGGGGCCCGGGCGGCGGUCCCCUGGUCGGCAGGCGGGUGGGGGGCCUCGUUGA